ACAAAAUACGCUGCCCCAACAAGGCUCUUUCUCCUCAGAAACAUGAAGACUAUUUUUCGCCGCCUGGUCCGCUUCAAGACCGCCAAUGGGGACAUCCGAUAUGGAGAGGCACCAGAGCAAGUCAGAGUCGGUGACACGGUCAAACUCUACCAAGGCACUGAUCCCUGGGAUUUGAUCCCCUCAGAUGAUGAGGCUGUGGUCGCUGAGAUUCUCUGUCCCCUUGCGUCCACGCCCAUCUUCUACGGCAUCGGGCUGAACUACAAAGGGCAUAUUACUGAGGCCCUCCUGGAUGUUCCGGCAUUCCCAACUGUCUUCACCAAGCCGUCUGGCGCCCUCGCCGGGCCAUAUGAUGCUAUUCAAGUUGACCCCACGUGUCAAUUUCUCGACUACGAAGGCGAACUCGCCUUCAUCGUCGGCGGGGAUGUGAGAAACUACCACGCCCCAGACCCUUUCGAGGAGUUCCUGCUGGGCUACACUGUUGGCAACGACGUCUCCUCGCGGUACUGGCAAAUGCCCGAUCGAUCUGGCGGCCAGCACGGCUAUGCAAAGUCCUUUGAUCAGUUUGGACCCAUCGGCCCGGUGAUUGUCUCGACAAGCGAGAUUCCCCGGGAGCCGCAUCUCGAUCUGAAGACGAGGGUCAACGGCGAAGAACGCCAGAACUCAAACACCAACGACCUGCUAUUCACCGUCCCGCAGAUCCUCGAGCACUUGAGCCGUGGGACGACGCUCAGAAAGGGAACGGUGGUGCUGACGGGGACCCCGAGCGGCGUGGCAGCGUUCAUGAAACCACCCGCCUGGCUCAAGACUGGAGAUGAAGUCGAAAUUGAGAUUAGCCAGAUCGGAAAGAUCAGGAAUAGGAUGGUGAUCGAGUGAUCAAUAUCAAUGUCCCGAGAGAUCUUGGUCAAGGUAGUGUAUAGGUGUCUGGUCUUCGCGCCCAGCACCACUAUAGAAGCUCCUUCAUCACCACCAGCGAGACUGCAGCCCAACGCUUUUGGGGAUCCGGAUUGAAAAUCCACAGUUUCACGGACUCUCCCGAGUAUUUGAGACUCAGCCGGGAAAUCGCUUUUCUCCCCAAGGUAGAUAGACUCGCAAUCUACCUCUCUCCUCGG